AUGUUUUACCUUAAACCAGGGGAAAUUAUACCUACUACUCCUGCUCCUCCUACUAAUACUACGACUACUACUCAGUCAACGACAAAACCAACAACAGUAACAGCACAACCGCAGGUAGACGUGUUAUCGACGACGACGACGACGACUACAACGACAACAAAAUCGUCUGACACAACAACACCAACCUAUGAUGGAGUACCUACAUACAGUUUUGUUGAAUUUUCUCUGACAACGAAACCGUCAACAGCAAUCGCACCGGUUAUGCUACCACUCGUUUCUACUAAAUUCAAUGUUAAAUCAAAUUUAUAUAAUCAAGUUAAUGAUACACCAGUUGAAUGGAUUGAAGAAUAUGCCAAUACAAGUUCACCUGGUUAUGCUAAUUUAAAAUCAAAAUAUUGUGAUUUAUUAACAUACUACUUAAAACAAGGUGAUAGUAAUGCAGCAGAUGGUGCAAGUUGUGAACAAGUGACUUUUACACCAGUAACUAGUACUAGACCAGAUGGUACAGUGGUACGAACUGUAAAAGGUGAUUCAACGAUUAAUGUACCAACAACAACAGGAACACAAUUAACGGGUAAUCAACUUUAUGGAUUAUUUAUAAAUGGAUAUAAUAAAACUAGUACAGCACCAUCAUCUAUUAAACUAAAUGCAUUAGAUGUUCAACGCACUUCAGGUACAGUUACAUGUUCACAAUUUACUAAUCCAUGUGGAGAACAUGCUACAUGCCGUGAUUCUCCUCCAGGAAUUACUUGCUUUUGUAAUUCUAUGUGGAAAGAUAUGAAUCCAAAUGAUCCUGGAAAACAAUGUGCUUUACAUCCAGCUGCAAUUGCAUUAAUUGUUUUAGCAUCAUUACUAUUAUUGGCUGCAUUGAUCUUAUUACUUAUUUGUUUAUUACGUAGACGUCGACGAAGGAAUAGUUCCAUUUUAGCAUCAACUGAUUUAGCAACAUUGAAUAAGCUAAAAGAAACUAAAUCAUGGAGAUCAAAGUUAGAUAAAAAUAAAAUUCAACUUGAUGGAGAUCAGUCCAUUUCAAUGGCUCGUGCUUCAGUGACAGAUAGCCCAAUAGCAUUAACAUCUAUUCCAGCGUCGCCAGUUCCACUAACAGGUUUACCAAUGCCACUUACUCCAACAGCGAGUAACAUGAUGGACGGUCUUCCACAAAGAGUUGGAAGUGCAUUGCCUCUUACAGGAACUGCACCCCCCUUGUCUGCGCUCAGAGGUAGUAUGCCAAUUAACGGCAUUCAACAAAUUCCAGCAUCGCCAAUUCAACCAACAGGUUUACCAAUGCCACUUACUCCAGUAGGAAGUAACAUGACUGGUGGUCUUCAAAAAAUAGUUGGAACGCCAGCUGGAUUGGUAGGGUCAACACUGCCUCUCACCUCAAUGAAUAAGAUGAUGCCUAGUGAUAUGUCAAGAUUGGCAACAGCAAUCCCUGCAGCUCAAAUGUUAACAACAAACAUGCAAAUUCCUAAAUCUCCAGUUAUAACCAACAUGUUAACCAAUGCAUCAGGAAGUUUACCACAGAAUUCUAUGAUUCCUUCAACAAUAAUUCCACAGAAUAAUCUAUCAACCAAUUCGAAUAUUUUCAAUUUUGAAAAUUUAGAUAAAAUUUCAAAAUGA